AUGACCGAUUCGAAUGUUUCCAAUCCUGAAAUUCCCGAAGCUCUACUUACAAUCAGAUCGGAAAGUAGCAAAAGCGACACGAAGAGUAAAGGUGAGCCUCGUAAUUCCUAUGAAGUAUUCAGAAAUCACACUACGGCAGUGGAGGUUAUUGUGAAAGAAGUACCAUACAAAUCUAAAAAGUCUAUAGAUGAUAUCAACUUGAGUAAACAGAACCUUAAAAUCAGAGGCCUUGAAGAAACGAAUGCGAUGUUAUUGGAGGAUUUACAUAAAUCUAAUGCAAACCUGGUUAGGACUACCAGCAGAUUGAAGAUGGUGUUCGCUGAAAUGAAAAAACAAGUGGAAACAGCCUAUUCACACGAGGCAGAAGCGCAGGAGAGAUAUCUGAAUCUUCAACUUGAAAACGAGAAGUUAAAAGCAUUGUUGGAAUCCAAAACGAACUUUGUGGCAAAGUUGAAAAAGGAAAUGUGCAAUCUCAAGAAAGUGAUCAAAUUUGUCGUAAAGAGCAUAUCGGCUGUACCAGCAGUAUCGCAAGUAUCAUUUACUUCUGAUACUGAAUACGAUAUUUUUGAAAAAGAUCUAAGUAAAGGUGACCAUGUCAAAUUUUUGGGCAGUUUAUAUGAUGGGACAAUAACAUUUAACAGUACGGCGUUAUCUCGGGAUAUGAAAUGCUCGAUAGAGAAGAGGUUUUAG